UGUAGAGGAGGGCGCCCCAACACGGCCCGGGCCGCUUCGAAAGCGCCCCGCAACCGAUGCUGUUGCACCCCAUGCCAAGAGGCAAGAGCGCUCACAAGAGGACGAGGAUACAAUCGCUCUUUGAACUGUCACAUGUUGGGUAAUAUGACAUGCGGGGUGAUCUUGAUAGCUUUCUCCUUACUCCAUCCAGGUCUUAUGGACCGGCACCCAGCUCUUAAGUCAAUCCAAUGCCAAACCAGAACAGAGGAAUCUUCACAGUUCAAGCCACCAUAUAUUGACCAGGUGUGCGCCCCAGGCAGAGCCGCCCAUCGCAGCAUAGACGAUGAAAGUCAAAGAUGUCGUAUGACAUUCAAAAUAGAAGCCUGUUGA